GCGCGCGGCUCCGCUCAUUCCUGCAGUGUCCCGCAGUCGGUCGGACAGUCUGUGUGAACUCGGGAGGGGAAGAGCAGCGCCGCUAAAACUCCCAGGAUUUACACUCUGCCAUUUUGAGGAAAACCGGUCGACAUCAGCGCUGCAGACGCGUCCGCUAAAACACGAGUCAUGCCCCGGAUUGGUGAACUACCUCUGUCAUUUUAGGAGAAGGCCUCUGAAGUUGGGGACUCAACAAAAAGGAAUUCUUGUUUUUGAACUGGUCUUCAAUCCCCUUCAGCCAUGUGUUCCACAAAUCACUCAAACUGGGUCACGUUUGAAGAUGACAACACACCGCUCUCAUCACCUCAGAAGCCCCUACAGUCACCAGGCGUUAUCAAAGCAUCAGUACCACGUCCCAAUGGUCUGAAAUUAGUGCUUCCUCCGAUCAGAGACACUUCCUGGAGCUUUAGUAGUUCCCUGGAAUCCCCUCAAAGCCACUCCAGUCUUGGUGGAAGUUCCUGUGUACCAUGUAACACGCCCUUUUGCACUCCUAUGAGUGGGGUUCCUAGCAGUGCGUCCCCAUUUCACCCCAACACUUGGGAAAAAAAUGACUUCUUCCGGAGUCUCUCCAGCACGUCUCCCACCUCUGCUCCCUCGCCCGCACCAGUCAGUCAAACCUCAGAUGGACCAAGCCCUUUCCCUUCAUACCGGGGGAACUCAGGACACUAUAACCCCUUCUGGGAUGGAUCUAGACACAGCGCAGAUGUGGACAGCUCCUCCUCAGACUCAGAAACUGACAACAGCCUACCCCGUUUCUUUAUUCGGACCAAAGAUGGCAGCGAGCCUCCGCAACUCCAGAGCUCUUUCUCCUAUGUUUGCAACAAGCUGGAGGGCCUACGAACAGAGACAGACCAGGAAACUGAAACAGAAAAAAAUGUGGAGAGACGACUAAGUUGCAAUAAUGAGGUGUUAAGUGAGGGUUCGUCUCAGUUCGUACCUCGGGGUCUGUUUCGUAGUCAGAAGAGAGACGGCUGGUCUGUCAUGAUUAGGAUUCCAGAAAAAAAGAACCGUAUGUCUUCUCGACAGUGGGGGCCAAUCUAUCUCCGCUUGUUGCCGGGAGGUGUGCUGCAGAUGUACUAUGAGAAAGGCCUGGAGAAGCCAUACAAAGAGUUCCAGCUCCUCCCUCAGUGUAGGAUUUCUGAUCUCAAACUGGAAACCUACGGCGAACCCCGCAAAGUUCUCACGCUCAAGGUUGAACAUUUCUCGUACUCAGAAAAGAAGCGCUUCCACCCUAAGCUAGAGGUUAGUCAUGAGGCAGAGGUAGAACAGCUGCUCAAGUUUGGCUCCACAGUACAUGACGAGAUGGAGGACCUGGUGGUCUCCAUGGAAGAGGAAAUCUUCAAGCUCUCUGUGCCCCAUCAGCAGAGGCGGCACUACGAGGAGCAGGAGCUGUCGUUGCAGAUCACUGAUCACAUCUGGGUACAACUGGAUAAGAGUGGAGGAGUCAUGGAGCGGACAGCCUUCACCCAGAUUCACUGUCUGGCUUUUCUGAACGGAGUAGGGGAUUGUUUUCUUGCCCUUAAUGAUCUCGGGCUUCUGCGCUUUGACUCCAGCUACGGGUCUGAGGAGGAACUGUGGAUGGAGAUCGCCGACUGCCAUUUUCACAAAUGUGUGAAUGACAUGGAGUUCCAGAGGUCCCGGCUGAUUAAGUUCUCACCUCCUGACGCCUGCAGGGUGGAGCUGAUGCGGUACAAGACGAUGAUUUUGGGUUGCACGGAGAUUCCCUUCUCAAUCAAAGCUGUGGUCACAGUUCAAGGUGCCUAUGUGGAGCUCCAGGCAUUUCUUAACAUGUCAGCCACCUUCCUCGCCUCCAUGGGGGUGUCUGACACGUACCCACUAUGUGAGAAUGUAGUGAUCCGUGUGCCGGUGCCGGGGGAGUGGGUAAAGGUGACGCAGACAGUGGCCUUACUUCGACAGAGGUCGCUGAAGGCCCGUAUGAACAGAAACGCCUGCUUGGGUGCUGUCGGCGCCGCGGACUCUCAGCCUGUCAUGCAGGUGACAGUCGGCACUGUCAAGUACGAGAAUGUAUAUUCGGCCGUCGUGUGGAGGAUUGACAGACUGCCUGCAAAGAAUACGGCAGUCGAUCAUCCCCAUUCUUUUUCCUGCAAGCUCGAGCUGGGAUCAGAUCAGGAGAUCCCGAGUGACUGGUACCCUUUUGUCACAAUGGAAUGUGAAAUUAUGGGCGCAGUCGUGUCACAGACCAGGGUGAAGUCACUGGGCACUACAAAUGACAUCCAGCCACAGAAACAUGUGACCAGCUGGACACGCUACCAUUGUCAGGUGGAAGUUGAGAAGAAAUGGAUUGAAACAGAAUCACAGAAGCAGUCUGGCUGUAUGACACAGUGAUAAUCACAGACACUUUGGAGAGGACAUCAUCCCUUUGGUUCAAGAUAUUUGCCAAAAUCUUACAAAUGACAAGAAAGGAUAACGAAAAAUGAACAAAAACGAGGGUGAUGAGGGACUUUCUGCGUAUAUCCGGUGUCAGAUUCAUCUAAUUACACAUAACCUGGUAGUAAUUCUUAUGGAGGUUAACCGAUUUUGUAUCCUUUAGCUGAGACUGAAUUAGUCUAGAUCUAAUAAACAAUUUAACACGGUCCUUCUGCCUAGCACUUUACAUUUAAUAGAUUUAUUAACUGUUUGACUACAGUUCAUAUGAGUUCUGUAUAUAAGCUUGCAUUUGCAUCAGCUGCACUGCCCUCCAGAAUGAUUGGCAUGCUUAAUAAGAAAUGCCUUAAGAAGUGUAUGCCGAAGGGGCUGUGUGAGAUAAACAGCUUAAGUAAUGAGCAAUAUUUUCUGUGCAGAUGUUUAAGUUCAGGCACUUUUGUUGCCCAGCAAUCAUCAAAGUUCAAAUACUUCCAGAUUAGUUUAAGUUGGAGUCCUGCACAUUUGUACUAAAUUCUACCUGUCCGUAAAAUAUAAAAACCUGGGGCUAAAGGACUACCUCGUUGAACAAAAACAUUGGUGUAAAGGUGGGUCACGUCAUGCUGAGUCCAUCAGCGCAGCACUUUGUCUGAAGUGUCGUAAUCAUAGUUAUUACAGUAAUUUGGUUGAACUCACUCAGGCCUGCCAAUUGGCAGCCAUUCUCGGCAAUGAAACACUCUGAUCAACAUGGGACAAACAGACAAAUCAUUUUUGGCCCAGUUACAGGUUAUAUAGGUACUUCAUUGAUUCAUAGUUGAGGAAACUGUCUCGUUGUGCCUAAGAGGUCUAAAGUAUACUAUGCAACAUAGGAUGCUAACAUUAUUUGUAUCUUAUUUUCCUUUUUUUCAAAUGUACUACAACUCAUUACUUGCGUUGCUUACCUCAAGCGGACAUUUGGCUUUAUACCAAGGUUGUAUUCUGGAGGACUGUAAUUUUUAUUUAAACAAAUCAAAUCCUUUAUUAUGUGAUCUUUCUGCCUCUGGGUUGUGAAUAGGUUGGAUAAAAAAAUGGAAGAAAAAUGGGGGAAAAAAAAGAAUGGUGAAGCUUCAUAGUGACCAACAAGGCCUUCAGUGAUGACUUUUCAUGUAUGAGGUACCUGGCUUAAGCUGGAUAUUAUGUACAUCAAGAGUAAAAAAUUCAAUUAAAGCUGAA